AUGCAUAAUAACGAUGAAUAUAAGCAAUCGGAUGCAGAAGUAGGUGAUGACGAGUGCGAUAACGGUGAUGAGAAACAUAAUCUGUCUUCGUCGUCAAAAGUUGUGGCCUACACUCCAAAUAAGAUUGUUACCCCUGCAGAUGCUGCCGCUGUGCUGGCCGCUUCACUGGCACCUCCAUUCAAAGACAAUUACAUAAACUAUGAUUCUAGUAGGAGCAAAAGAGAGAUUGAAAAUGAGAUUACAAAAUUGGCUGCUCAAUUGGAGGGUCUUAAAAAAAAGUUUGAGGAGCAAAUCAGAGGCAAAAACAGGUUAAUAGAGGAACUCGAGUAUGCACUAAAGAAGAGAGAGAAAAAUGAUAAAAGUAAAGGUGGCGAGAUUGAACGCUUGGAAAAUCAGAUCGAGGCUCAAAGAAAAGCAAUAGAUGCGCUGUGA